AUGAAGCUCACCAUUGGGCUCAGUGUAGCCCUUGCAGGCUUUGCUGCUGCCUCUCACCAAGCCGCUACCGAUGUUGCCAAAGUUUACAUCCUACGAGGAUCCCACCAUACCGAGCCUACAACGAGUCUCACCCCGAGCGAAGCACGCCUCAUCCUUCACCAGCGUCUCGCCCCCGAAGGAGAAGGACCUUCAUUCCGCGAUUUCACCGACUCCGAUGAUGAGGAGAGAAUCAUUUCUUUAAUGAACAAAUUUGGCAAAACUCCUGCGCCAUUGUUUUCCGAUGACACGACCGCGACGCCGCGCCAGCUAGUUAUCAACAUUGAUGGAAUGCCUACGUUCGAGUAUGAAUCGUUCUUUGGCUGGCUCUUCAACACAAAGCCCGACUUUACUUUAGACCCAAGCAAGGAGAAUGGAGAGCAUCCUGAAAUCUUCCAGAGCGUUAUCGCCAAGAUGCCGGAAUGCCCCCUGAGCCAGAUUGUCGCCAUGAACGACAACUGUUUCAACGGUAAAGCAGCUCUUGCAACAUAUAGCCGAUCACAGGAUGGAGAUCACCCCACCACCCUCCUAAACGAGCUUCCUAAGCUUCAGAAGCUCGCUGAGUCAGGCGAAUUGCACACCACCUUGGUCUUCCUCCCCCUGGUGGCCGACCAUGAGAACGAUUCUGGCGAGGAUCAGGACCUUCGACGCCGACAAGCCGAGACCGUCAUCUCCUCUAUUGAGGAGGUCCAGGAAGUGUCCGCUGCCGAGACCUCAUCCGUCCCCGAGAUCCCCAAGUUCUCUUCAGUCCCUUCAUCCAUGUGCUUUAAGUCUGAGUCCGAGUGCAUGAAGACAACUGGCAACUGUUCUGGCCAUGGUAAAUGCCAGAGCAGGUAUGGUAAGGGCGACGACUCUUGCUUCUCUUGCCACUGCCUUAACACCGUGUCCAAAGCCGGUAGCGUCACUCACUGGGCCGGGGGUGCUUGCUCUAAGCAGGACAUCAGCGUUCAGUUCUGGCUCUUUGCCGGCUUCACCAUUGCUCUCGUCACCAUCCUUUAUCUGGCCAUUGGCAUGCUGUUCAGCGUUGGCGAGGAGAAGCUACCAGGAGUCAUUGGUGCUGGCGUGUCCAGGUCCAAGUAG